AACUUCAGUGUUUGCAUUGCAUUGCCUAAGAUUUAAGAUUUAGGGGGUGAGUUAGAUACAAAUUAGAGGCAACAUGGCAAUCAGUCACAACACUUUGGCAUUUGCCUUUGGCAUGCUAGGUAAUGUCAUUUCCUUCAUGGUAUUUUUGGCUCCAAUGACAACAUUUUACCGGAUCUACAAGAAAAAAUCAACAGAGGGUUUUCAGUCACUACCUUAUCUAGUGGCACUAUUCAGUUCCAUGCUGUGGUUGUAUUAUGCAUUCCUCAAAAAAGAUGAAUUUCUCCUUAUUACCAUUAACUCUUUUGGGUGCGUCGUAGAGCUCAUUUACAUCAUCUUGUACAUAAUCUAUGCGACCAAGGAUGCAAGGAAAUUAACUAUUAAGCUGCUUUUGGCAAUGAACAUUGGAUCAUUUGGUUUGAUCCUUUUGGUGACCAAGUACGCGGUGCAUGGUCCGAUUCGUGUCCAAGUUCUUGGAUGGAUUUGUGUUUCUAUAUCAGUCAGUGUUUUUGCAGCACCACUAACCAUUGUGGCACAAGUUGUACGGACAAAGAGUGUUGAGUUUAUGCCUUUCAAUUUGUCAUUCACACUCACAUUGAGUGCAAUUAUGUGGUUUGGCUAUGGUCUCUUCCUCAAGGACAUAUGCAUUGCUCUUCCAAAUGUGCUUGGUUUUGCACUAGGGUUAGUUCAGAUGAUACUGUAUUGCAUAUACAGAAAUGGUGAUAAGAAGAAGGCAAAUUCAAAGGCAGCACUAAAAAGUGUUGUUAUAGAGAGCUCAUUGGGAGGAACUGGUGAAGUGUUUCAAGUCGAGAAAAAUGAUGGAGAAGAAGAGGAAGAGAAAAAGAAGACUAUUGAAGAAACUGAGUAUGACUCCAAAGUCUAAUUUUAUAUAU